AUGUCAAACAACCAGCCCCCUAUAACUUACCCUCCUGGCGCUGUACCAAUCAUUCGCCCGACCAUGGCUUCUCCCAGCAUUCCUACUGGCGCUCCUCCACAACCGGCUCUGGCCCCUGGCGUCUCUCUCGAUCUUCUGCAAGCACUUUCAGUACAAGGACCUCCUCCAAUUCAACGUCCUGUCUUUGCUGCUCCCAGGAAUGCCCCUAUGCCUGCUGGCUACCCGGCUCCCAUCUAUGUCAGCCCCACUUUGAUUCGUAUCAAACACAUGACAGAGACGUUCCACGCCGCUGCGACCAACGACCAGACGUUCUACAACAUCUACUGUAGUGUGAAAAGCGCUCAAAGCCACUACGCCGCAUAUCCAGACCUUGUAUUCUUCCUCAGACUCCAUCUCCAGGUCGGCUGGAUCGAUCUUCUUGAGCGUCACCAUCGUCAGCAUGAGAUCGAAGGAGACACUACUCGUCUGAUUAGCGAGCGCAAGGAGCUCAUCGGAUGGCUCGUCAAGCGAGACAAGACCCUCAAAUCUCGCGCUGGUCAAUACCUUGCUGAUCAGUUGGCCAAAUUUGCUCCACUCAACUUUGUCCCUAGCCAGGUUAGACACCUCAGCGCCCUCCUCGAUCACCUAUACGUGCUCGAGGACGAUCUCUUCUUUAAUCGUAAGGCGACCCCUGCACCAACCAGACAAGAGUACCGCAUUCAGGUUGUCACGUAUCUAAAAUACGAGGGAGGCGAUGCCCAGAUUGUCAAGGACGUCAACAUCUGGAAGAAGACUAGUUGGUCUGUGGUGCAGAACAUGCUGUCUAGCCUGACUCAGAACAUCCAGGCUGCUCAAUUCGCCUACAACUGCGGCUGGCAAGAGGGUGGCUACCACAGUAACUGGACUUACUGGGCUACUGAAAGCGGGGUUCCCGAGGGAUGGAGCUAUGAAUUGUGCUCUGAUGCUCACUUGGAGGAGAUGAAGGGAUUGUUGGAGCAGGGAAAGAAGAUCUACAUCAUGCACGUGGAGAUUGGAGAGAAUCUGCAGGUGGCAGAUGCCCUGGGCCUGGGGCUGGACCGCCCCUUGGAGUGCUGUGCCCCACUUCCUCCGGGCUACAGCUCCGUCAUCGUGGGAGAGUAUCCCAGCAAAAUGGAAUUCUCUCUCCUGAGCGGAGGCUCGGCAGGUGGCGGUCCGGCUCCNCCUAUGGAGCACAGGAANGGGCAAGGUUCGGUGCUGGCUUACCAGCACCAGGUCUGGCUGCGCAAGCAGAAACAGAAGAACCAGAAGGCCAGGGCCUUCGAGAUCAGAGGCAAGAAGGCCUGA